UCGCCAGCCUGGAGUACAGUGACUCUAUCUUGGCUCACUGCAAUCUCUGCCUUCUGGGUUCAAGUGAUUCCCCAGCCUCAGCCUCCCAUGUAGCUGGAUAGGCAAGCACCGCCAUGCCCAGCUAAUUUUUUGUUUUAGUAGAGGCAGGGUUUCACCAUGUUGGCCAGGAUGGCCUCGAUCUCCUGACCUCAUGAUCCACCCGCCUCAUCCUCUCAAAGUGCUGGGAUUACAGGCAUGAGCCACUGCACCCAGCAAAAUGAUUAUAUUUUUAUAGGAAAUAAAUUAUGAGAAAAAAAGGACAUAUUAUCUCACUUAGAUAAAUCUCAGAAUACUGGUAUAGUCCCAAAGUUGACUAACCUUGAUCAGUUUUUUGGAACCAUCAUAAAAAGGCCUUUGAUUGCAUAAAGUCUCAAACUUUCCUUCUAUGGAUGUGAAGACCCUGAGAAGUACUGGAGUGAAACAAUUUUGCUCUGGUUUUAGUCAUCUUCACAUGUUUCUUCAGGUGCUUCCUUAGGCUAUUAGGGCAAAAUAAGCUGGUAGAAAAAAGGUAUUACUUGUAGGAUGAAAGAAGAAACUAAGGAGAAGAAACUUUAUUUAGAAAAUGUUACAUUUACAUAUUUAUAAUUUUUAACAGCUUGUUUCUUCUUUACUUUUUAGGAGACUAAAUAAUGGAUGAUACAGGAAGAAAUUUAAUUUAGGGAAAACUGAUUGAGCCAAAAUUCUCAAACAGUAAUAUGGGUAAUCAUGGGCUAUGGAAAGUUAAACCGAGUCUCCAGUGUUUAUGAUUAUGAUGCUUGGCUAGAAUAUAAAGUACGGCUUCAAGAUAUAAAAUAUCCUUCAGAUGGAGAAUUUUUAAAAGUAGUUAUAUACAAGCUUUAUUUUUCCAAAGUUUCUGCCUUUUUAAAUGUAUAAGGGUGAAGCAGUUUACAGAAAGGAAAGAAUGCCGUAUGUGUGGUCUGCUUACAAGUGCUGGAUGCCUCUUCUGCCUGUUCCAUCUAAACUGUCUGCUUAUGAGAAAGACUGCGGCCUCCCCAUAUGUUCAACAUGAGAAUUUAGCUAUGUUAUAUUUUAGAGUUGUUCAACUCUAACAUAUAUAUGAGUCUGUGACACUGAACUCAGAGACUUCAGAAUAUCUACAAAUGAAAGCAGCAGGAACCCUGGGUUUCUCUAGAUGUGGAAAUCUUUAAAUCUAUACCUGACCGGUAGGACAACCAAUCUGUUUCUUCCCUUUCCCCUCCCACUUAUGAAGGGAUCCUAAAAAAUGGAAGCUAGUUGAGUGCAGUGGCUCAUGCCUGUAAUCUCAGCACUUUGGAAGGCUGAGGUUGGGGGAUCACUUAAGGUCAGGAGUUCGAGACCAGCCUGUCCAACAUGGUGAAACCCCGUUACUACUAAAAACACAAAAAUUAGCCAGGCAUGGCAGUGGGUGCUUGUAAUCCCAGCUACUUGGGAGGCUGAGGCUGGAGAAAUGCUUGAACCCAGGAGACAGGGGUUGCAAUGAGCCACGGUUGCCACACUGUGAGACUCCAUCUCAAAAAAAAAUAAAGGAAGUUAAAGUGGUAUGGUAUGUACAUCCUAUGACCUUGAACAACUGGUUUUAUGUGGGUGUCACCAGUGCUUGAGUAUUUAUACAAGUAAAUUUCAUCUGGCCGAGUUCAGUCACAUUGCACCCGCUGAGCAAUGCACAGAGUGGACCUGUAGGCAACUUGCAUCAUCUUCAACAUGAAGACAGCCACAGUGUCCAUGCUUCUGCCCUUGGCUCUUUGCUUUAUACAAGAUGCUGCCAGUGAGAGUGAAGAUCAGGAAAUAUGCAGUGGGCUUCAGGCAUUUAUGAAAAAGGGAAAACUGUUCUGUCCCCAGGAUAAGAAAUUUUUUCUAAGUCUUGAAGGAAUAAAGCUCAUCAAUAAAUGUGCCACGUGCAAAAUGAUACUGGAAAACCAAGCAAAAUCACAGAAAAGGUCCAGGUAUUUAGCAAGAGCUACCAAGGCUACUGCCCCAACAGAGCUGAAUUGUGAUGAUUUUAAAAAAGGAGAACGAGAUGGGGAUUUUAUCUGUCCUGAUAUUUAUGAAGCUGUUUGUGGCACAGAUGGGAAAACAUAUGGCAACAGAUGUGAACUGUGUGCUGAGAAUGUGAAAACCGGGUCCAAAAUUGGUGUAAAAUUUGAAGGGGAAUGUAAGAGCAGUAAUCCACAGGAGGAUGUAUGCAGUGCUUUUCGGCCCUAUGUAGUGGAUGGAAGACUUGGAUGCACAAGGGAAAAUGAUCCUGUUCUCGGUCCUGAUGGGAAGACACAUGGCAAUAAGUGUGCGAUGUGUGCCGAGCUGUUUUUAAAAGAAGUUGAAAAUGCCAAGCGAGAGGGCGAAACUAGAAUUCGACGGAAUGCUGAGAAGGAUUUUUGCAAGGAAUAUGAAAAUCAAGUGAGAAAUGGAAGACUUUUUUGUACACGGGAGAGUGAUCCAGUCCGUGGCCCUGAUGGCAGGAUGCAUGGCAACAAAUGUGCCCUGUGUGCUGACAUUUUCAAGAAGCGUUUUUCAGAGGAAAAUGGUAAAACAGAUCAAAAUUUGGGAAAAGCUGAUGAAAAAACUAAAGUUAAAAGAGAAAUUGCGAAACUCUGCAGUGAAUAUCAAGAUCAAGCAAAGAAUGGAAUACUUUUCUGUACUAGAGAAAAUGAUCCUAUUCGUGGUCCAGAUGGGAAAAUGCAUGGCAACUUAUGUUCCAUGUGUCAAGCCUACUUCCAAGCAGAAAGUGAAGAAAAGAAAAAGGCUGAAGCACAAGCUAGAAAUAAAAGACAAUCUGGAAAAGCAACCUCAUAUUCAGAGCUUUGCAGUGAAUACCGAAAGCUUGUGAGGAAUGGAAAACUUGCUUGCACCAGAGAGAAUGAUCCUAUCCAGGGCCCAGAUGGGAAAGUGCAUGGCAACACCUGCUCCAUGUGUGAGAUCUUCUUCCAAGCAGAAGAAGAAGAAAAGAAAAAGAAGGAAGGCGAAUCAAGAAACAAAAGACAACCUGAGAGUAAAGCUUCCUUUGAGGAGUUGUGUAGUGAAUACCGCAAAUCCAGGAAAAACGGACCGCUUCUUUGCACUAGAGAAAAUGACCCCAUCCAGGGCCCAGAUGGGAAAAUGCAUGGCAACACCUGCUCCAUGUGUGAGGCCCUCUUUCAACAAGAAGAAAGAGCAAAAGCAAAGGCUAAAAGAGAAACUGCAAAGGAAAUCUGCAGUGAAUUUCGGGACCAAGUGAGGAAUGGAACACUCAUAUGCACCAGGGAGCAUGAUCCUGUCCGCGGCCCAGAUGGCAAAAUGCAUGGAAACAAGUGUGCCAUGUGUGCCAGUGUGUUCAAACUUGAAGAAGAAGAGAAGAAAAAUCAUAAAGAAGAAAUAAACAAUGUUGAGGCUGAAAAAGUUAAAAGAGAAGCAGUACAGGAGCUGUGCAGUGAAUAUCGUCAGUAUGUAAGGAAUGGACGACUCCCCUGUACCAGAGAGAAUGAUCCUAUUGAGGGCCUAGAUGGGAAAAUCCACGGCAACACCUGCUCCAUGUGUGAAGCCUUCUUCCAGCAAGAAGCAAAAGAAAAAGAAGGAGCUAAACCCAGACCAAAAACUAAAAGAGAAGCUGGAAAGGAGACAUGCAAUGAAUUUCGGAGUCUUUUGCAAAAUGGAAAACUUUUCUGCACGAGAGAAAAUGAUCCUGUGCGUGGCCCAGAUGGCAAGACUCAUGGCAACAAGUGUGCCAUGUGUAAGGCAGUCUUCCAGAAAGAAGAUGAGGAAAGAAAGAAGAAAGAAGAGGAAGAUCAGAGAAAUGCUUCAGGACACGGUUCCAGUGGCAGCGGAGGAGGGAGCACUCAGGACCAAUGUGCUGAGUAUCGGGAACAAAUGAAAAAUGGAAGACUCAGCUGUACUCGGGAGAGUGAGCCUGUACGUGAUGCUGAUGGCAAAUCGUACAACAAUCAGUGUACCAUGUGUAAAGCAAAACUGGAAAGAGAAGCAGAGAGAAAAAAUGAUUAUUCUGGUUCCAGAUCAAAUGAGAAUGGCUCAGUAUCGGGGAAGGAUACAUGUGAUGAGUUUAGAAGCCAAAUGAAAAAUGGAAAGCUUAUCUGCACUCGAGAAAGUGACCCUGUCCGGGGUCCAGAUGGCAAGACACAUGGCAAUAAGUGUGCUAUGUGUAAGGAAAAACUGGAAAGGGAAGCAGCUGAAAAAAAAAAGAAAGAGAAUGAAGACAGGAGCAAUACAGGAGAAAAGAGCAAAGACAAGGAGGAUCAGUGUCGUGAAUUUCGAAGCAUGCAGAGAAAUGGGAAGCUUAUCUGCACCAGAGAAAAUAAUCCUGUUCGAGACCUGUAUGGCAAGAUGCACAUCAAUAAAUGUGCUAUGUGUCAGAGCGUCUUUGAUAGAGAAGCUAAUGAAAGAAAAAAGAAUAAUGAAGAGAAAUCAACUGUCAAGGUCUCAAAUGAUGCAAAGGACCAGUGCAGAGAGGUUCAGAAUGAAGCAGAGGAUGCAAAGUUUAGGCAACCUGUGGGUUCCUUGGCCUCUAUUGCCAGGAUAACUACAGAUGAGUGCAGUGAAUUUCGAAACUAUGUAAGGAACAAUGAGCUCAUCUGCCCUAGAGAGAGUGACCCAGUCCGUGGUGCUGAUGGAAAGUUCUACACAAACAAGUGUUUCAUGUGCAGAGCUGUCUUUCUAACAGAAGCUUUGGAAAGGGCAAAACUUCAAGAAAAGCCAUCCCACGUUAGAGCUUCUCAAGAGGAAGACAGCCUAGAUUCUCUCAGUUCUCUGGAUUCUGGGAUGUGCAAAGACUACCGAGUAUUGCCCAGGAUAGGUUAUCUUUGUCCAAAGGAUUUAAAGCCUGUCUGUGGUGACGAUGGUCAGACCUACAACAAUCCCUGUAUGCUCUGUCAUGAAAACCUGAUACGCCAAACAAAUACACACAUCCGCAGUAAAGGGAAGUGUGAGGAGAGCAGCACCCCAGGAACAACCACUGCCAGCAUGCCCACAUCUGAUGAAUGACAGGAAGAUUGUUGAAAACCAUGAGGGAAAAAAUAAACUCCAAUUCUGAAUCACCUACCUUCACAUCUGUAUAUAUGAGGAAUUCUUCAAAGAUUGUCUUAUUUGCUAUAGAAAACAGUACAGAGCUGUUGGGAAUGGACUCACUGACUUUCAGUCUUUUCCAUCUCUUUUCUCCUAGAUGUUGUGAUCUGAGGGUACAAAGACAUCUCCACCAAGUCUGUGCCCUUGAAGAGUCUUGAUCACAAUGCUGUCUGUCCAACCGCCUGUUCAAUAAAAGUAAACUCAGCAGAACAUCCUUCCUGGGAUUUCUUUGUCACUGUCUGGAUAAUGGAAAUGUGUUUUUAUAGAAACUGAAUAAACUCUAACCUUUUGUCUUGCUAAA